AUGAUUCAAUUGUGUAAGCCGGUGGCUUCAAAAUCAACGCUCCGGGAUUGGUGUCAGGGGUUAAUGCAGCGAUGGUCAAAAGAAAUAAAAUUAGCGAAAACAGUGAAGCUUGAAAAGGUUCGUUCAGAAGCUUGCCGAAAAGAAACCGUCGCAAUAUGGAAUGUUGAUGAAAGCGGCUUCGGUGACGAUCCAGGCAAACGAUCAGUUAUAAUAAAACGAGAUAGCAAGUAUACCAUAUCAUGUCAACCUCGUACUGCUGGGAUCUACCCAUACGAACCUAGUGCUGUUAAUAAUGAAAAAUUGCUUGGGGCAUCAUCAUCAUCAAAUGAUAAAUCAGCUUCUGUUGAUGAUUCGGCUGUUAUCCAUCAACAUGUCAAUCGCUUGACUCGAUCUGCUUCAUGUGAACAACUUUCUGUAAUGGGUCUUAGCAUCACAACAACAUCGCUGCUGAAGAUUUCUGAUCAAUCUAUCUCAAUUGAAAAUGGACUUACCACAAUAACAACAACUCCAGUAAUCUCACCUAUUGAUCAUAUUCGGAUGCCAUCGACAAUAUUACCAAUGACAACAGAUCCCUCUAUCUUAUCGUCGACUAUCGAUUCAACGAUAGCAAUUCAACAAUCUUCUGUUCCUAAUAGUUCUAAUUAUGAUGCGGCAGUUUCUACUGAUCUAUCAAAUAAUAAUAAUAAUAUGGUAGUGAUGGAUAAUUCCUUAGUUUCUACACAGGUACCUAUUAAUGUAUUAUCCAAUGUAAUUAGUCAGUACAUGGGAACAUCUACAACCAAUACAUCAAGCAUUCAAUGAAAAAAAAGGAUUGAUCGUCAUUGUGGACAAAGUCUUACUAGUGUCGAAGUUCUAGCACAAUUGCAAGCAAAAGGAAAAGGAAAACAACGGCAAGUGAUAUAAAAAGAAAGUGAUCAGUAUUCUCUUUUGUUCAUCGAUCAUAUUUCUUUAACUGUCACCAUUUUUAUUUUAGUGGGCGACCACGAAAAGUCACGCAGCAGCAACAAGUACUUGAUGAAAUCGAUGCCCUUUCCCCAGGUCGAGCAAUCCGACAGUAGGCACCUAUCGGAACCCAUUCGAUCCGACUGGAAUCCAAUCGGAUUUUAUCGGAUCCUGUCAGAUCUUACAGAAUUAUCGUUGGAUUCCAGGUCGAGGAAUUGAUGUCGG